CAUCUCAAGAUGAGUCAGCGCACUAAAUUCAUUAUAAAUACAUCGGUUGAGUACUUUGCAGCUCGCAUGCCGGGCACGGAGCUGGAUGAGCAAACAGCCACUAUACUGGAGUUUCUGGAGCAGGAGGAGCACACGGUUAUCUCGGCCGUGCAUAAUAAAUCCGAUGGCAAAAUCAAAUUUCACCAUCGCAUACCCAACGACGAGGUCUGUUUGCUUUUCUACAAGGUGCCGCAGGUCGGCGGUGGCCAAGGAGGAGUCCCGCCCCCGCCAGCAGCCUCCGCUGAGCCCCUGCUGGGCAUAUUAACACUGGAGGGUGGCCUGGUUAAAUCCAUUUACAAUUCCGUUUCCCGUGUCUACUCACCCGCCGUCGCACGUCGCAACGAGUACGGCCCCGAGUUGAGUGGCCUCCUGGAGAAUUUGCACGUGUCGUUGGGAUCCAGUCUGGGACUGCCACAGAGCGGCAUUAGCAGUCUAAAAGAUGAAAUUAAAUAUUGGAAACAAAAGCUGGGUCAGAAAUCUAGCUCUCGCUUGGACCGUGAGGCAGCGCAAGUGUUUAUUGGCGUCCUGGAGAAUAUAGAUAAGCAAAUCGGCACAAUAGAUGGUGGAAAUCCCAGCAGCACCAUUGAGGAGUUCCUCGACCAUGCCCACAACAAUCUGGACGAACUGUGGCGACUGCCCUACAACUAUUCACAGCAGCGAAUGGCCGAUCUGCUGGACAUCAUUGGCAAGCGGCUGUUGGAGGUCUGCCUGACUCAACUGCUGGCCGAGGACAUCUGGAGUUUGAAUUCCUACCAUGUAAACAGCCUGAUGAGUCAGAGCAUUGACACAGUGGACGCUUGGAUACAGCUGUGCGACUCGCUGACGCGCCUCUUCUGGCCCAACUACGUGAAGCAUCCGUGGCUGGGGGAGCCGCAUGUGCCCAAGCGCGGGCAGCAGUUCAAGGAGCGCCUCAGCGAGAUUCGGAAUAUUAAGCAGUUGUACAAGCAAAUAGCCACACUCCUGGACGAUGCAGAGCUGCAGGAGAUGUUCCAGGAGCAGGCCCCAUUCACUGACUUUAACAUUUUCGACACCUCUGGCAACGGACAGGCCAAGUGGCACAAGGCCUUGCAUCACUUUGAGCAGGUGUUGCAGCCCAUCGAUGAACGGAUUGCGGCGGCGUUGAAGGCUCAGCUGCAUAACCAUUUGAGCAAUCCGCGGCAGGUCAUCUUCAUCUUCUCGAAAUACGAGACGCUGAUACAGCGGCCGGCGGUGCUGGAGCUGCUCUCCAUCGAGCGCGAACAGUUCCUGCAAUCGCUGCACAUUCUGCUGCAAGAUCUGCGAAAGGCCAUGACGGACACGAACAUGGAACCGGACACGGGGCAUCUGUCGGUCAUCUGCAACGAGUGCCGCUGGCUAAAGGUGGUGCAGUAUCAGAUACAGGAGAUCGAGAAGGUCAGCCAUCUGAUCAGCGGGAGAGAAGGCUUCGAUAAGAUCAACAAAGCUGUGCAGGAGAUCAAGGAGGAGACAGAGUCGCUGCUGCGUACCAACUUUGAGAUUUGGUCGGGCCAGUGCUCCACAGCUGUGAAAAGUGGCGAGCUCAGACUGCGCGAUGAUCAGGCUGUGGUAAAGUUCGAAAAGGAGGGCCGCCAGCUAAUGCGCGUCACGUUCAACCCAAAGUUGGUGACCUUCUGCCAGGAUGUGCGGGAGUUCGAGAAUCUCGGCUACAAUGUGCCACUGGAGCUUCGUGCCGCUGCCACGCAUGCGGCCAAGUACAUGUGCUACGCGCGGCGACUGCAGCAGAUUGCCACGUUCCACAAUACCAUUGGGGAUCGCAUGAUUCCCUGCCAGCGCCCGAUCAUGCUGAAGAAUGCCCUCGAGCUGCAGCGGCUGGUGCAGAGCGAGACGGUGGCCUGGCAGGACGAGAGCUCAGUGCAGCGCUACGUGAAUAUUCUGCAGGCAGCUGUGUCUAAGCUCUCAGCGGACAACACGCUCCUUGUCGGCUACCACGAGCAGGCCAAGCGAACGGUGAUGAAGCUCAUGGCCACCGAUUUGCUGACACAGAACCAAAUCUGGAAGGACGAACUGCGCCACUUGCGGGAGCUGUUGGCCACGUUGGAGCGCCAGGGCUACACCCAUUUGGAUGCCUUCAAGCUGCACUGGGACCACCAGCUGUACAAAGUGCUCGAGUAUCAGUACAUCCUCGGCCUGCUGGACAUGAACAACAAGCUGCCGGACAUCCACAUCAAGCUGGUGCUGCGCCAGAGGGAACUGUGCUUCAGUCCGCCGGAGGAGGAGAUACGGGACCUGUACUUUAGCCAGCUGCGACGCUUCAUCGAGCGACCGUGCAACUUCCACGGGCUGUCGGAGCACAGCUCGGAGCUGUUCAAGUCCAUGGUGACGGUUAAUCGGCAUCACUUCGGGCCGCUGUACAAGCGGGCAGCGGAAUUGUUCGACAAGCUGGAGGAUUUCAAGACCAUCUGGCUGCCAUGGAUUGCACUGGGCUGUGUGGACGUGGAGCAGCUGUGCGGCAUCCACCUGAACGAGGCGGAUGACUGGGAUCGCAAUUUCCGAGCGUGCAAGCACUUCAGCCAGCAGCUGGCCAAGCUGCAGCAGGCAGAGGAGUCCAUCGAUUGCUUGGUCAUCAAUGUGCUGCCCCUGCGCACCGACAUUGAGUUCAUCAGCCGACGGUACUGGGAGUCGUUGUCCAACAGCCUGCGCUCCUCCAUCCUCACCGAUGUGGGCGUGGUGCAGGAAUUUCUGCAGAAUGCGCUGCAGUUUCUGCAGAACGUGCCCAUGGACGAGGGCAGCAUCAGUCAGUCGGGCAUGAAGUACGAGAAGAUCAUGAGCGAGCUGCCGCAGAUCGGAGCUACGCUGGAGGUGGUUCGGGCCAAGGAUGCCUGCCUGGCGGGCUGGUGCAAGGAGCGGGUCACAGCCCUCUCGGGCAUCCUGCAGCAGUGGGAGCAGCUUCAGCCGCUACUGGAGAAUCAUGCAGUGAUCCUGCAGCGUCAAGUCGAUAUGAUCAAGAACCAGGCGCAGACGCAGCUGCAGAAUCUCCGAAAUGAAGCCGAAAAGUUUCUGCUGCGCUGGGAGUCCACCAUUGCCGAGCUGGAGGCCAACGAGCAGUCCACUCUGGAGGUGUUCAAGGAGCGCCGCCAGCACUGGCAGCAGCUGCAGACCAAGAAGCAGCAGCUCCUGGAUGAAUGCUCCAAAUUCAACAUGGAAUUCCCAGCGGACAUGCUGCAGCCCUUUGCCGAGAUCGAUGGCCAAAUGGAGCGACAGUCACAACAGUGGCAGGUCUACGACUCAUUCCUCAGUGAGCUGCAGCCCAUUCUGCAGGAGGAGUGGACCAUCUAUCGGCGACGUCCCUAUGUGCUCAACGAGUUCAUUGCCAAGUGGGAGGGCUCCGUGCACGCCUCCAUCGACCUGCCCUCGAAGCGCAUUCGUCUGCAGGUGGAGCGCCUCCAGUUGGCCCUGCCCGUCCUGCAGCAGCUUCAAUCGGAUGCGUUGAGCGAACGCCAUUGGGCGAGGAUCUUUCAGCUGCUGCAUCGCAGUCAAUCGAAGCCCUUGCACUCGAUCCUCCUGCAGGAUAUCCUCGAGGAUAUGGAUGCCCUGCAAGCGGCUGCCGCAGAGAUCGGCAGCAUUGUGCGGCAGGCAUCCAGCGAGCAGAUCGUGCGGCAGGCUCUGAUCGAGCUCGAUCAGUGGGCAGUCACAGCUCAGCUGAAGCUCAUCGCGCGCACCGACGCCUCAGGGCAGACUGUGUCCCUGAUCAAGGACUACCAGGAGGUGCUCAACAAGAUUGGCGACAAUCAAUCGCUGCUGCAAUCGGCCAAGAACUCGGCAGCCUUUGACAGCUUCUCGGACCAAGCAGAGCUCUGGGAGAGUCGCCUCAAUACGCUCGAUGCACUGCUCACGAGUCUAAGUCACUCCCAAAGACGUUGGGUGUAUUUGGAGCCCGUUUUUGGCUCGGGCACUCUGCAGCAGGAGCAGUCGCUGUUCAAGCGCAUCGACAAGGACUUUCGUUUCGUGAUGCGAGAAAUAGAAAUGGAUCCGCGGGUCACUUCGCUGAUUAAGAUCAACAACAUAAGCACCAUAGUGCACGCCUUGGAGACCCAAUUGGCCAGAUGUCAGCAGAAUCUGAUGAGCUACAUAACCGACAAACGCAACUCCUUUCCGCGCUUCUACUUCCUCGGCGACGAUGAUCUGUUGGAGCUGCUGGGGCAGGCCAGCAAGGAUGCGGACGUCAUACAGCGGCAUAUCCGUAAGCUAUUUCCUGGGUGUCAUAGCCUGAGCAUCCGACAGGCUGCCACCGAUGCCAAUCAGUUCUCCAUUGUGGCCGUGCACAGUGCCGAGGGCGAUGAGCUGCAGCUAAGCCAGCCCGUGGAUAUGAAGGGAGACAUAGAGCGCUGGCUGAAUCAACUUGUCACGUCCGUCCAGGAGACGCUGCGUGCCCAGAUCCACGAGUGCUACUCGAACACCAACGCCAACAGCGACAACCUGAGCGAGCAGCUGCUGAGGAAGUAUGUCAGCCAGGUGCUGGCCACGGCCCGGGCUCUGCACUUCACGCGCCAGGCGGAGCAGGCGAUUGGCGGCAUGGCGCUGGCAAAGCUGCAGCAGCAGCUGAAGGCGGAAAUUGCCCAUCUGGCGGCAAUGAAGCAGCGUGCCGAGAGCGGCAGCCUGAUGAGCCUUAAGCUGCGUGCUCUGCUCCUCGAUCUGGUGCACUAUGCCGGUGUGGUGGAGCAGCUGCAGCGGCACAAUGUGAUGCAUGUCACCGACUGGCACUGGCUGUGUCAACUCCGAUAUUACCUGGCACCCGCCGCAGCAGCUGGCAGUCGGCAGUCCGUGUGCGUUCGCAUGGUUUAUGCGGAAUUUGAAUACGCCUACGAGUUCUUGGGGCAGGCCAACAAGCUGGUCCACACUCGGCUGACCCACAAGUGUUAUCUCAUCCUCACACAGGCCAUGCACAUGGGCCUGGGCGGUAAUCCCUUUGGCCCAGCGGGCACCGGCAAAACCGAGUGUGUAAAGGCCCUCGGUGCGAUGCUGGGACGACUUGUGUUGGUUUUCAAUUGCGACGAGAAUGUGGACACCGAAUCGAUGAGUCUAAUCCUGACUGGGCUGGCCCGCUGCGGCGCCUGGGGCUGCUUCGAUGAGUUUAAUAGGCUGCAGGAGGCCACACUCUCAUCCAUAUCCAUGCUGAUACAGCCCAUCCAGAGUGCCCUCAAGGCGAAGUCCGACAGCGUUCAAAUUGGCGAGCGAAAGGUUCAACUCAACCAACAUUGCGGCAUCUUUGUGACACUGAAUCCCGCUGGAGCCGAGUACGGCGGACGUCAGAAGCUGCCUGGCAAUAUUCAGGCGCUGUUUCGGCCCAUCGUCAUGCAGCAGCCGGAGCCAGGAGAGAUUGCCCGUGUCAUGCUGUUCGUGGAGGGAUUUAAGGCGGCCGCAGACAUCGCAUCGCGCAUCGUGGAGCUCUUCGAUUUGUGUGGCAAGAUGCUGUCCGCUCAGCGACACUACGAUUGGGGACUGCGCGAGCUGAAGACGGUGCUGCUGGUGUGUGGCGAGGGACUGCGCGGACAGUUAACGAGCGGCUCUAAUGAGCAGACAGACGCUAAUGAGGAGCUGUCCGUUGUGGUGCAGUGUCUGCGCUCAUCAACCAUGUCCAAGCUGGCCCAACACGAUGUCUCGCGAUUCGAAAUGCUGCUGCGUAAUGUUUUCCCGGAAAUUGGCGCCUCGGAGACGGCGGCGACCCCACUUCAUCAGUCAUUGGCCGCAGCCGCCGGCACACUGGGACUCUGUCCGAGCGAGAGGCAAAUUGAAAAGGCUCUACAGCUGCAGGAGCAGCUCCAGAAACGCAUGGGCGUGGUGCUGGUGGGUCCGCCAGGUUGCGGCAAGUCCACCAUCAUGGCGCUGCUACGGCAGGCACUGACCUCCACGGGCAAGCAGCUGCGAGUGCACACCAUCAGCCCCAAGUCGAUGAGUCGCGUGCAGCUGCUGGGACGUCUCGAUGCAGACACGCGGCAGUGGCAGGACGGCGUGCUCACCCACACAGCGGUGGCAGUCAAUCAGGAGCCGGCCCAAGUGCACUCGUGGAUUGUGUGCGACGGCAGCAUCGAUCCGGAAUGGAUAGAGGCACUCAACUCUGUGCUGGACGAUAACAAACUCCUCACCCUGCCCUCGGGCUGGCGCAUACAGUUCGGAAAUAAUGUCAAUUUCAUCUUUGAAACGGACGAUGUGCGUCAUGCCUCACCAGCGACCAUUUCACGCAUGGGCAUUGUCAAUAUGAGCUACGACUACUAUCCCGCCAGAGAGAUCCUGCGCCACGAGCUGUCCAAGGAACCCUACGCUGAGCUGCUGCAGAGCUAUGUCGAUGGGAAUCUGAACUAUGCCAUGGAUUGGCUGGAGAAUCAGAAUUUACUGAGUCAACUUCCGGGGAUCAGUCGUGCCAAUCUGCUGCGUUCGCUGCUGCUGCAGCUGCACGGCUCUCAGUCUUUGGAGGAGUAUGUAGCCGCCACGCUGCGCGCUCUGUUCGGUUACAUGCCCAACGAUCGGCAGGCGGAGUUCGCUCAGCUGAUGCUGAAGCACGCCAAUUUGUAUGUGGCACAGCCCAAUCACGCGGAUCUCUGCUACUACGACACACAGCGCAAUGCCUUGGAGCAGUAUGCAGUGGAUGCCAUGGAGCGCCCAGAGAAAGGCAGCCAGCUCAUAGUCACCGCCUAUGUACAGUCCUACAUGGGCAUAUUGGAGAGUCUGCUCAAGGCGCCGGGCAACAGGACUCCCCCGUUCAUGCUGGUGGGUCCCAGUGGUGCGGGCAAGACGCUGCUCUUGCAGCAGGCUGUGCUGGAGCAUUCGGGCUAUCAGCUGGCCACGAUCAACUGCUCGACGCAGCUCACGCCCAGCUAUGUGCUGCACACACUGCGCACCCACUGCGUGACGGUGAGCGGAGUGCGUGGACGGGAGUACAGGCCGAAGCAGGCGCGUCUGGUGCUGUUCAUGAAGAACCUGGACCUCUGCCAGCUGGAUGCUUGGGGUGCCUGUGAAAUUGUCGAGCUGCUGCUGCAGCUGGCACAGCGUGGCGGCUUCUAUGCCGAGAAUCUCGAGUGGAUUAGCGUGAGCGGAUUGCAAAUCUGUGCCUCCAUUAGUGAAAAUUUGAUGAAAAUUGCACCGCGCUAUCUGGCGCUCAACCAAUACGUGCGUGUGGCACGUCCCACAUCCUCGGACAUGCUGGCCAUCGUGGAGUGCCGCCUGGAGCCGCUGCUGCACGAGCACUUCAAGCCAAGGGGCAACGUUAAUUUGCAGCAUGUCAGCGAGUGUCUGAUGGAGUGCUUCGAGAAGCUGCAGGCCACGCUCACUCCCAUGGGUGUCGGGGGGCAGGCGCACUACCAAUUCAGUCCGAAAUGCAUCAUGAAGCUGCUCGAUGCACUCGUCUUUUAUCCCCCCAACGAUUUCAAUGAGGCCCUCUACUGCGAGCUGUUGGGCAUGUUCAGGGACCGUUUGGUCAGCGAGGAGCAUGUGCAGCAGUUCGAGGCGAUACUGAAGCAAACGAUGCGCAAAUAUUAUGGCAAAGAGAAGGUGUUCUUUGUGCCGAAGUCGGCCAAGUCGAAGGGUGUGCUGCAUGGCCUGGCCCAUGAUGAGUGGCUGGAGGAGGUGCAGAGACAGGUCACAGUAUGCAACACCGAAAGCUACAGCAUUGUGGCACCCAUCACGGAGGAGCUGCUGCAGCACACGGCCAAAGUGGCGCGCGUUUUGUCCCGCCAUGAUGCCCACAUGCUGAUUAUGGCACAGGCUGGCGGCCGCCACUUGGAUGCCAUUUAUGCGGCGGCCACCAUGCAGCAGGCCAAAGUGUUGACGCUGCAGGGAGGCCCAGCGUAUGACCUCGCAGAGUUCUACAACGAUCUGAAGAUGGCCAUGCAAGUGGCUGCCAUGGAGCAGCAGAUGAGCUACUUGCUCAUCGAGCAUUGCUGGCUCUCGUAUGUCCCAGAGAUACUGAAACCCAUUGAGGCGCUACUCGAGGGCAGUGAGAUCUUGGAGCUGUUUGGCGACGACCUGGAGGCGGUGGCCAGCACUCUGAAGCAGGCGGCACAAUUGGAGGGUUAUCAGGAGUCGCUGGGAGCGUACUUCAUGAAGCGUGCCCGAGAGCAUCUCCAUCUCAUUCUGGUGCUAGAUCCCAGCAGUCCCAAGGUUCUGGACUACUUCAACAGCUGCCCGGCGCUGCAUCGGCAAAUGGAUUUACUUUACGUGCGUACAGAGUCCAGGGAAACUCUGAGCAUGCUGCCGAAGCAGUACAUUGAACUGCUCAACGAUGCAGCAGCUGGUGGCAGUGGCCGUGGCAAGGUGCCCGUUUGCAGUCACUUCACGGACGUGGCGGAGGAGUUGCCGCCGGAGCAGCCGCCACAACGCUACUACCAACUCAUCGCCAGCUACUACCACAUGUACAGCAAUGCGGCGGCGGAGAUUGACCAGAGAUUGGGCAAGCUGCAGCUGGGAGUGGACAAGCUGGCCUCCGCCCACGGACUGGUGGACACUUUGAAGUCCAACGCGGCAGCGCAGGAGCAGGCGUUGGGGGAGAAGCGGCAGCUGGCGAAUGAUGCACUCGAAAUGAUCUCGGCCACGAUGCGGAACGCCAACGAUCAGAAGUCGAGCAUGCUGGAGCUGAAGCAGCAAACGCAGCAGAGCAGCGAGCAGCUGAAGCAGCGCCAGAAGGAGAUCCAGCAGGAGCUGGCCGAGGUGGAGCCCAUCCUAGCGGAGGCCAGCAAUGCCGUGGGGCAGAUCAAGUCGGAGGCGCUCUCGGAGAUACGUUCGCUGCGCGCCCCACCCGAGGCAGUGCGGGACAUCCUCGAGGGAGUGCUGCGCCUGAUGGGCAUACGCGACACUUCGUGGAACAGCAUGAAGACAUUCCUGGCCAAGCGAGGCGUCAAGGAGGACAUUCGCUCGCUGGAUCCCGCUCGCAUCAGUCCCGAAAACUGUCAGGCCGUGGAGAAGCUGCUGGCAGCCAAGGGCGAUUCCUACGAAUCGAAGAACGCGAAGCGCGCCUCGGCAGCUGCUGCUCCUCUGGCUGCCUGGGUGCAGGCCAGCGUGCGGUAUGCCCGAGUCAUUCAGAGCAUUAAGCCCCUGGAGCGGGAGCAGAACGAACUGCAGCGAAAUCUCAACGCCGCUGAGGACGAGAUGCAGGAGCUGGCCAGUGGCCUGGACGAUGUGGACAAGCGGGUCAAGCAGUUGUCGGCCAAGCUGCAGACCUACACGCAGGAGGCAGCCGUGCUGGAGCUGAAGCUACAAGAAGCCAGCGACACCCUGCAGGCGGCCGAGCUGCUGGUGGGCAAACUGAGCGCGGAAUAUGCCACCUGGAGCGAGCAACUGGCGAAGCUGAAGCGUGCCCACAAGACAUUGGAUGGCAAGACGCUGCUGCUGGCUUUGGCCCUCAAUUAUUAUGCGGGAAUGGGACUGGAUCAGAGGAGUUCCUCCCUGCAACGUCUGGCUGUGGACUUUCAUCUGCCGCCCGAUUUUAGUCUACGCCAGACGCUGCUCACCGAACAGCAGCAAAUCAUUUGGGAGAGCCAGGGAUUGGCGCGGGAUGCGCAGAUCAUUGAGGGCGCGGCACUCCUCAGGGAGAUGCUGUCGCUGCCGUUUGGCAGCUGUCCCGUGCCACUGCUGCUGGAUCCCACCCAAACGGCGGCCGAGUGGCUGAUGGCGUACCUAAAGGGCAGCGGAAGAGCCUGCGAGAUGGCCACGCAUGGCAACGAGCGACUCUCCUACCAGCUGGAGCUGGCAGUGCGCUUUGGCAAGACCUUGCUGGUCACGGACUGCGAGCAGUUGCGGCCGCCGCUGCUGCAAAUGCUGCAGGGACACAUCUACGUGCGGUUCAACAAGCGGCAGGUGGCAGUGGGCGCGAAGCUGGUGGAUCUGCACGAGAAUUUCCAGCUGGUGCUGAUAAGCAAGUCGCACCGAUUGGAGCUGCCGCAGGAGCAGCGCAGCCAAUUGAGUCUGCUGCGCUUCACGGUGACGGCAGCCGGACUCGCCGAUCAACUCAUGUCCAAGGCAAUUGUGCUGAAGAAUGCCGGGCUGGAGCAGCAGCGGAUUGAGCUGCUGCAGCGCGAGGGAGAUCUGCUGAAGCAGCGCAUGGAGAUGCAGGACAAGCUGCUGGAACAACUGUCCAAAUCGGAGGGCGACAUUCUGCGCAAUGAGCAGCUGCUGGCGAGCCUCAACGAGGUGAAGCGGAGCAGCGCCCAGAUCGAUGAGGCGCUGCAGAAGAGCGGCGAGGUGAAGGCCACACUGCUCGCGCAAUUUGGUGCCCUGAAGGAGCUGUGCACGCGGGCUGCCACGUUCUAUGCGGGCCUGAUCCGGGGCUACGAGCUGUCUGCCAUGGUCUACAUUGAGCUCUUCCUGGGCGCCCUGUCGAGGGACCAGCGCGACGAGUCGCAGUCGUAUGAGCUGCUCGUGAGGAGUGUCUAUCUGAAUCUAGCGCGAGCCACGCCGCGGGACAGCCAGCUGUCGCUCUCGCUGUGGGUCUGCCAUCAGGCCUAUCCCGAGCGACUCGCCGCCAAGGAGUGGGACCUGUUCGUGAACAACUUCAUGGGCAGCGCGGAUGGGAGUGUGCUGCUGGGGAAUCUGGGUCGCCUGCCCGACUGCAUGGCCCGAGAGGCGCAGCUGAAGCUGGCGCUGCUCGUGCAGCUGCUGCCCGAUCUGCGGCAGAAGCUGCAGCUGGACAAGGACUACAUCUGGCGUGGGUUCAUCGAGCGACAAACGGACGAUGUGCUGCCUGCCAUUGGGUCCAGUUUCCAUCGCGUGCUCAUCGCUCAGAUCUUCAGGCCCGACCUAAUGCUCCAGCAGCUGCGCAAAGUCAGCAGCGAUCUGCUGGGCAUCUCGCCCGAUGCAGCCACACAGCCCUCGGUGGAGCAGUUGCUGCAGCAGAGCAGCUGCGAUCGCCCCAUACUGAUGAUCAGCCAGGCGGAGAACGAUCCCACGACAGAGCUCAAGAAGUGGGGCAGCCAGAAGUACCAGGAAAUGGCCAUUGGCAGGGGCAGUGAGCGGAGAGUUCUCGCCGCCAUGCGCGAGGCAGCGGCCCAGGGCCAGUGGCUGUGCGUGAAGAACGUUCAUUUGGUGCCCGAGUGGCUCGGCCAGAUGGAGCGCGAGCUCAGCGAGAUGCCCAAGGCGAAGGAGUUUCGGCUGUGGCUGCUCUGCGAGUCCACCCAGGGAUUCAGCGAGUCGGCCAUCUACAAGUGCCUCAAAGUGCGCUACGAACAGCCGCGUGGACUCAAGCAGAUCGUGCUCCGUCUGCUGCAGAACUAUGCGGCCGAACAUCCCCAGGCGGCAGCCUCCAAGCAGCAGCAGCAGCAGCAGCCCAAGAGCCUCAAGAUGAGACUCGUGUUCUUCAUCCUAACUGCAGCCCUUCAGCAGCGGCGCCAGUACAUCCCCCAGGGCUGGUCAAAGUACUACGAAUUCGGAGAGGCGGACCUAAAGGCCGCCAUGGGCGUCCUCGGCUGGCUGGACACUCAGCUAAACUCGGGAAGAUGCGACUGGACGCUGCUGCAGCGCCUCAGCGAGGCUCUGGCCUAUGGCGGGCGCGUGAACAACCUCAGGGAUCUGGAGAUACUUCGGAGCUACCUCAACCAAUUCUGCUGUGCGGAUGUGCUGAGCAAUCGCUGGUCACCCCUGGGACUGGCCAUGUCCCUGCCCACCAGUGCACACCUGCAGGACUACUAUACAGCGCUGGACAAGCUGCCGGAUGUGGAUGAGCCGAGCAUGUACGGCCUGGCGAAUCAGGCGCAACAGCAAAGGGAAAUCGAACAGGCCCGAAGGGUCGUCAAGGAACUGCGAGGAUUGCACUAUGGCGGCGUCUCCGGAGAAGCCUCUGCUCCAGGCGAUGCGCACUCGAGUGAGCGUCAGAAGUUGGAGCAUCAGAUCAAACCGCUGCUGAGUCUCUGGCGCAAGCUGGCAGGCGCCUGCACCAUUGCCCAGACAUCGAAGGAGGCCAAAGCGGCCGGGGAGGACUCUCCCUGGUCGCUGUUUGUGCUGGCGGAACUGCAGCUGGGCGCGCAACUCUAUCGCACGGUGCACCAGACGCUGUCGCAGAUGCACGCCUGGCUGAAGGAUGCCCAUGAAGUGGAUCAGAGCAGCCUGCGAUCUCUGGCAGAACAGCAGAUUCCCCCCUCGUGGCUGAAGCUCUGGCCUGGUCCCAGCAGCAGCAGCGCCGUGGACUACCUGCGCGCUUUGAUGGUGCGUGCCCAGGCGGCGGAGAAGCGCUACCAGGAGCAACUGCAUCUGCAGUUUGCCGAGCAAAUCGAUCUGCUGCAUGUCUACAACUGCGAAAACCUCCUGGCCUGCCUGAUGCUGCUGCAGGCCCGCACCUUGGGCGUCUCCGUGGAGCGACUGGCCCUGGAGAACGUUCGCAGGUCUGGUGAGGACUCCACCAUCAUCCUGCAACUGUUGCCGCUCAAGAUUGAUGGGGCCAAGGGCUCUGUGGAGAAAUCGAAUCCCUUCUUUAUCACCUACAAAGUGAAGGAGGAGGCACAGCCCUCAAAAUAUGGCAACGGAAGCAAGAAUACCCUGUACCCCUCGAAAAUCAAAGAAUCAGCUCCGAAAUUACCCUUGUAUUCACGCGGAAGUCGCGACAAAUUAAUCUGCCACCUCCAUGUGGACAAUUUGGAGGGAACACCAGAACAGAUUCUGCUCGCUGGCACCGCCCUAAUCGUCGAUGAUUAUUAGAUUAAAGAGAUAUUAAAA